CAUUCAAAAAUCUCCCUGAAGACUAAAAAUGUCUUCAUUGAGUGCACAGCGACAGACCAGACCAAGGCGAAGACUGUGUUGGACAUGAUGGUGACCAUGUUCAGCGAGUAUUGUGCUCAGCCUUUCACGGUAGAGGAGGCUGAAGUGGUGUACCCAGAUGGCAAGACCUGCAUAUACCCAGAGCUGGCUUACAGGAAGGAGAAGCUGUCUGGUAAAUUCAUUAACCAGAAAGUUGGCAUCAAUGAAUCGACAGAGAAAAUUGCUCACCUGCUGACCAGGAUGUGCCUGCUCUCCCAGGCUACCGGCGUCGGUGAUGAGAUUGAGGUCGAGAUCCCACCCACUCGCUCGGACAUCAUCCACGCCUGCGAUAUCAUGGAGGACGCCGCCAUUGCCUACGGUUUCAACAACAUUACCCGCACCACCCCACGCACCUACACUGUAGCCAACCAGUUCCCACUUAAUAAACUGACAGAGCUGCUGAGGCAAGACCUGGCAGCCGCUGGAUUUACAGAGGCCCUCAACUUUGCCCUGUGUUCUCAAGAAGAUAUUGCAGAAAAGCUUGGGAAGAAGAUCUCGGAGAUGAGGGCAGUUCAUAUCUCCAACCCCAAGACUGCUGAGUUCCAGGUGGCGCGCACCACCUUGCUGCCAGGUCUGUUGAAAACCAUAGCAGCCAACAGGAAGAUGCCACUUCCCCUUAAACUGUUUGAGAUAUCAGACGUGGUGCUAAAGGAUGAGACCAAAGAUGUUGGGGCGAGAAACAGCCGACGUUUCUGUGCUGUUUACUACAACAAGAGUCCGGGUUUUGAGGUCAUCCACGGCCUACUGGACCGAACCAUGCAGCUGUUGGAGGUGAAGCCAGCCCGAGGAGAAGGCUACCACAUCCAGACUGCAGAUGAUUCCACCUUUUUCCCCGGUCGCUGUGCUGAUAUCUUCGUCCGUGGAAAGAACGUCGGGCGUCUCGGAGUGCUUCACCCAGAUGUCAUCAAUCGCUUCGAGCUGACAAUGCCCUGCUCCGCCCUGGAGAUGGACAUCGAACCCUUCCUUGGCCACACCGCUGAAACUCCCCUCACACGCGACGUUCCCAUGAAAGAAGUCGUCAAGCACAGGUUCCCCACACGAGAUGAAUCCCAGCAGAGCGCCCACUCCCGCCUGACUUCCACAAAAACUGUGUUUGGUGACGUGAGCACACAAGUGGGCCUCGAAGCUCUCAGUGAUUUUCUGGCUGACAAAAGCUACAUCGAGGGCUUUGUGGCAUCCCAAGCUGACAUGAUCGUGUUUGACGCCAUCCCCUCUCCUCCCUCACCGACGCUCUGCCACCUCUGGCGCUGGUACAACCACAUAAACUCUUUCCAGACAGACAGAGCUCGUCUUCCAUCAGCCAAGAGUCGGUAUGUCCUCCCAGCUACUCCCCCGGCCACGCCAAAUGAUGCCAGCGACGAGGAAGACAUCGACCUUUUUGGGUCGGACGAUGAGGCAGAGAGCGCAGAAGUGGCCAGAAUCAAGGAGAAGCGUCUUGCCGAGUACGCCGCCAAGAAAUCCAAGAAGCCAGCUCUCAUUGCCAAGUCCUCCAUCCUGCUUGACGUCAAGCCCUGGGACGACGAGACGGACAUGUCCAAGCUGGAGGAGUGCGUCCGCAGCGUCAGUAUGGACGGGCUGCUGUGGGGGCAGUCCAAACUGGUGCCAGUGGGUUACGGCAUCAAGAAGCUCCAGAUAGGAUGUGUGGUGGAGGACGAUAAAGUGGGCACUGAUAUGUUGGAGGAAGCCAUCACCGCCUUCGAGGAAUAUGUUCAGUCUGUGGAUGUGGCUGCUUUCAAUAAGAUCUGAAUCACUGAGACAGAACAGUGCCAUCUGAGAUUUUGUGGACUUGGUGUAAGCUGGGCGAUAAAUGCAAUGUUCAGUUAAUAUUCCAGCAUCACUGUAUUAAAGAGGCUAAUGCUCAGGUGCUUCAUUUCUUUAUCCUUUGAUACAAGUCCAAAAGGGUUUUGCCUUCAGACACAAUUAAAGCCAUUCAAACUUGUGA